AUGAUUGGACAAAAUCAGUCAAAUAUCAGAGAGUUUGUGCUUCUGGGGUUCUCCAGAGAUCGAGAAACCAACAUGGUCCUCUUUGUAGUGGUCCUCUGUAUGUACCUCGUCACCCUGGCAGGGAACACACUCAUUAUUGUGGCCACCUGCAUUGAUCCACGACUCUACACACCCAUGUACUUCUUCCUAUGCAAUCUGUCCGUCCUGGACAUCGGCUACACAACCAGUGUGGUGCCGCAGUCACUGGUCCACAUCCUGACUAAUCACAGAACCAUUCCUUUCAACCGGUGCGUGGCUCAGCUUUACAUUGCUUUAUUCCUGGGUAGCAUUGAAUACUUUCUGCUAGCAUUUAUGGCCUAUGACAGAUAUGUGGCUGUCUGUCAUCCUCUGCAUUACAAGACCAUCAUGAGCCGGAAGGUGUGCCUCCAGAUGAUGAUGGCUUCCUGGACCUUUGGCUUGACCAACGCCGUGGUGCACACUGCCUUCACCAUGCGCCUCCACUUCUGUAACAACAACAUCAUCAACCACUUCUGUUGCGAACUCCUUGCUGUUAUGAAUCUGGCUUGCUCGGACCGGUUUGUUAAUGAUGUCGGACUUAUGGUGUCGGGGGUCCUCGUCCUGUUCCUCCCCUGCACUCUGAUCGUGCUCUCCUAUGUGUAUAUCAUCAGCGCCAUCUUGCGCAUCCGCUCUGCAGAAGGCCGACACCGAGCCUUCUCCACCUGCACUUCACACCUGACUGUGGUCAUCCUCUGCUACGGCACAACUAUGGUUGCUUACAUGACUCCUAAAGCCAAGUCUUCCCCCAACCGGGACAAGAUGCUUUCUUUCUUCUAUGCAGUGGUGACACCCAUGCUCAACCCUCUCAUAUACAGCUUAAGAAACAAGGAAGUCAAAGCAGCCCUGAUUAAAGUAAUAGGGAGGAAAAAUGUCCGUUUGGAAAGGUGA